AGAGUUUUUCAGGUUAUCAAAAAUUUUUCAUGACACUCCUUCCUUUUACUCGUGUUCAGUGAAAGUCUAAGUAACUAUUGACCAAAAGCUGUUUUACAGGAAGGAAACAGGACUGUUGCACUUUACUUUUGUUUUUGCUUUUGACUUUUAAAAAUGACUGCUUGUGGCUGGAUAACUAGAUCACUAGAUAAGUGAGUCUGUAGCACGUCCUCACACUGAGCACUUUCACCCAUUAAAAGCCUUCGUGUUGAAGUGAGAAAUCUGAUUGAAUUCCUUUUUUGGAAGACACCCAUGAACAACACACUUAGCCUGCCUAAAGGUGGACAGAACUGAAUGACUCCUCUGUGUUCUCGUUCUGAUACCGAUUACAUGACGAUGAUAUGGCCCAGUAAAUACUCUGAUAGUGGUUUGGGAUGAGAUCGGAGAAAGAAACUACGUCAGGAGCAAGUGAGGGAGGGAGAGAGAGAGGACGUCCCCCUGGCUCUCUCUGUAUAAGUGUGCAGGUCGGUUGAAGUCCGUCUAGCCAGACAGGAUGCACCCCUCAUGCCGCCACUCUGCCCCAACACUCACACUCAAGGUGUUGUGUGUUCGGAUCUGGGUGUUCUACUGCAGCAUGUGUCUGGCGGGUUGGCCCCUGUUCUCGGAGGGGGCCCGGCUGCGCUGCGGCUCCGAGCUCCUCAGUGACCUCCUGUUCGUCUGUGGGGAUCGGGGCAUCUACUUAGGUAAAGGCUCCUGGUCGGGCUACGGCCCUCGGCCCAGGGGGAAGGGAAUAGUGGACCAGUGCUGUAAAUCCAACGGCUGUGAACUAUCCCACCUGGAGAUGUAUUGUGCCAAGCCAAAAGCCAAGCAGCUAACCACAAGAUCCCCAACCACGACUUCAACCACAGCAACACACACAACCACUGCAGUGCUAGACAUGUUUGAAGAUGUGUUUCGGAAGAGGCUUUUGGAGAACCUGGGAGCUCCCGACAGCCCACAGAGAGAGGCCUACAGAAAGAAAACUCCUUCGUCACUUCCGUGGAAAAGCAAAAUGUCGUCGUCACGCGUGAGGGUGAACAUGCAGAACUCGACCAGCUGGCCUCCCUCGGCCUCGGGACGUUCCGGCUGAAGAUGUUUAGCAGACUCCAAAUCUGCAGGACAGUUUCAAUAUGAAAGAUUUGAUGACAGCUCGAAGAAACUCUCGCGUGAAGUUAGCGAGUCAGAUAAGAACCCAGACGGAGAGGGCUGUGGAGAUCUUUGUAAGAUCUGGAACAAGCAGACUGCUGAGCUGCUUCCAGACCAGCUGUCACUUCCUCCUUGACUCCCCCCCUCCCAUCCAGUAACACCGCGACGAGCCUCUGCUACCGUCUGUUCUGGUUUCCUCCUCACCUUCCCAUACAGGAUGUCCAGGUCCGUGCACUGGUGUGACUGGGAGCUUAGUGUGUGUGAUGCCUGAAGCUGCUCCUGCCAGCCUUGCUUUGGUUUCGACAUCCUCAUGUCUAACCUGCUGUUUGCUCUGUGAGUUUGCACAUGUUGAGUUACGGGCCAAGACCUGUCUUAGCCACUUUAGUUCACAUUUUUUGGUCAGCUCUGUUAGGCUUAUAGCUUUUCUGUUUUGCGACAAACCGUAGAUGUCUAGUGGGCUACAGAACGCUGUAGGCCGUUGUGUGUGUUUUAGCACUUUUUACUCCUAUGCAUAGAGAGGUUUUCAUACUGACUUGUUUUCGUUCAGCUUUAUUUCAUUUGAAGUGUAAACCUUUUUAUUUUGUAAUAAUUUGUUGCACUCACUUAUUUAUUUCACCACGACUAGAACAAAUGUUGCAGUUUUAAUAAAACUUGUAAUUCUCAAGAAGAAUGUGA